AUGGAAUCUUUACUCUUUACAGAAAAACAAGCCAGCGACGAUGAGGACAAUGAGAUAGAGAUCGUGGAGCCCAAAACGGAUACGAUUACCAUUGAUUCCGAUAACGAGGAGGAGCUGCCUUCGGUUUCAAACGUCAGCAUACCGAAGGGCCUGAAAAUAACAUCUGUAAAAUCAACGGCACCGGCAUCGGAUAUAAUUAAAAUUGAUCCAGUUACCGCCAACUUGGACCCAAACAUGGAUAUUGAUGUGGCGGCCUUUAGCUCCUCCAUUUUGGCCAGUCUGCUGGAAGUGGACAUUACCGAGGGUGUUGGCGAGAUAAAAACGAAUCAAGCCACCUCACCUGGCGGCACCAUACAAAAGAAGCAGCCGCGCAAAAAGAUGACCAACAAACCGAAUCCAGCGCUGCUGCAUCUGGAGCGCCAGCGCAUGGAGGAAACAAAGCGCAAUGAUGCCAAGCUCAAAAUGAAGGUGGUCGUCAAGCUGAGGCGUGCCGAGGAAGACUUUGAGGUGGCGCGCAAAUGGGUGGAUAUGGAACAUGCCAAGAAGCUAGCUAAGAAAUCCACAGAGUCUGAAGUACAGGGAAAUGCCGAAGAGCAGCUGCAGCAAGCUGGAAGCCAGGAUGAAGCGGAGACAGCAAAUGACGCCAAUAAAGAAGAGGAAAGUGAUAUUACCAUGCAGAAUGACAGUGAGAAGGAGCAGGAGCAGCAAGUUGAAGAUGAGUUGCUGGAGAAAAUGGACACAACAGACGAAACUAAAUCUCAAACAGACGAAGGAAAUACCGAAACGAAGACGAAGAGCCAAGCUGAAAGUGAGAAAGACGAAGAUGAGGAUAAUCCCGUAGAGAAUGAAAUCUCAGCUGCGGAUGAAGAAAAAACUGAAACAGAGCCAAUUAAAGAAACUAUAGCAGAAUCAGCGGAAGCCAUGGAAGUUACAGAAGAUGCAGAAAAUAUGGAAAAUAACAAAUCCAGCGACGCAGCAAUGGAAGUAACAGAAAUAGCUGAGGCAGAUGACGAAAAAAUUGAAGAUGAAACUGAAACGAGAGCAACUGAGGAAGCGGAAGCCGCUGAAGCCGACGAAAGUAUGCCGCAAUUAAAAUAUACAGAAGCUGAUCAAACAGCGUUGGAUGAGGAAGCUAUUGAAGAAGCUGGCGUUGCAGCCAGUGCCGAGACUGAUGCUGCAACGCCAGCAGCUGAAACGAAUGAAGACAAUACGGCCGCAAAAGCUGCCGACACCCGCGAGACGGAUGCAGAUGCGACGGAGGCAACUGCAUGCGAAGAGAGCACAAGGAACAGUUCGCCUGCGACGCCACAGGCAGAGGAUUCAACAACGGUCCACAAGUCAGCCGCAGCGUCCGAAGCUGAGCAGCCGCCGGAGAUUACAGCACAGAGCAGUCCAAGCAAGGCAUCCCCACCAGCAAGCCCCAGCGGCGAACAGCCUGAUCCGCCAUUGGACAAGAUGGACACUCCCAUAUAA